AUGGCAAGCUUAGAAGAUUUGAAGAGACUCUAUGACUCAUUCUCUUGCUCAGGUGCCUCUGUGUAUCUUAGAGAAGAGGAGACGCUUGCCAUAAGGUCGUUCCUGGGCUCUAAGAGCCCUGUUCUCCAUAUCUGUGGAAGCCCAGGCACAGGAAAGACCCAUGUUACUGUCCACACUGUAGGGAACUCCUUUCUUUAUCUGAACUACUACAACGAAAACGACAUCUUCGGAAGAAUAAAAAGCAGCAACACUUCUGUAGUAAUCAUCGAUGAGUUCGAUAAGUACUACAACGAAAGAAGGAAUGAGUGCAUACAAGCCAUGUGUUACUUGAGGACCAGGCAAAAGCUAAUAACCAUAUCGAAUGACCUAACGAUAUCUGGCGACGUCCUGUUUUUCAAACCAUACUCUUCAUCCGACAUGGAAAAAAUCUUGACUCAGAAAGUCUCUGAGGAAUCUUCUUCCCCCAUUCUAAAUCCGACAGCUAUAAAGAUUAUAUCAAAAAGAGUCGGACCCUCUGGAGACCUAAGGCAGCUGCUUAGAUAUGUCCAGGAGAUUGUUGGAAAAAAGAUCGUGGAGGGUGGCGCAGUGGAAAUAAGCCCAGAGGAUGUAUUUCCUGAGAAAGAAAGCACGGAGGAGAGGCCGAGCAAUGUGCACCAUAGCAUUAUCAGCUCACUGAUUUCCGGAAACAAAAGAGUUUCGAAGAUGGAGCUAUAUUCAAGAUAUCUGAAAGAAUGCCAGGAAAUGGAAAUCUCCUCCUAUGACAGAACAGAUUUUAAUAUAAUAUACGAUAUAUAUGCCUAA